AGCGCAACCUAAUACGUGGCAUUCGCAGCUACAUCCAGAGAAUGGUACUACCGCUUGCGCUGUCGCCGCUCCUGCUCUUCCUGUUGCCAGUGUUAAUACCCCUGUCUUCCAUCUUCAUCUUUAUCUUCAACAAGCGUCGCGGCUUCGUUCUGUCCCGAGAUGCCGCGUUAAAGGCUGUUCCCAAAACCGCUACAAUCGGUGUCUUUCACCCGUACGCCAAUGGCGGUGGCGGUGGUGAACGCGUGCUCUAUUGCGCACUGCUGGCGCUAGUUCAGCGGUACCGGAAGAUGGGUAUCGAUAUCUGUAUUGUGCUGUACGCUGGCGAUGAUGGACUUUCGGCCGCGGAGCUGGUAGCCAGAGCCGCCGACGAGUUCAACCUGCCGGAACUCAAGACGCUGCACGUGGAGCGCCACGUGACGCUGGUACCGCUGCCCAGCCGUGAAAUCCUCGAGCCAAGUCGCUACCCAAGCUUCACGCUAAUGUGGCAGAGCGUGGCGCACAUCCGCUUAGCGCUGGAGGCCGUGCAACAGAGCUCCAAGCAGGGACUGUACCCUAACGUCUGGGUGGACACUACCGGUUGUCCGUUCUCCUACAUUGUGGCAAGUCUGCUUUACGCGUGUACCGUAGUGGCUUACGUGCACUACCCAAUGAUCUCAACCGAUAUGAUCGCGAAGGUUCAGCAACGCGACGCAGGAUUCAACAAUGACGCAGCCAUCGCUGCGAGCUCGUCAAGAUCGAAGGCCAAGUACAUUUACUACCGUCUCUUUGCCGGACUCUACAGUUUAAUGGGCAAAUACUGCACGGACGUGGCUAUGGUCAACUCGACGUGGACGUACAGCCACAUUAAGCAGCUUUGGGGGAAAACGCCUACGAUCGUGUACCCUCCCUGUGGAGCCAUGCGCGAGUACAUGAACUUUGGUCUGGGAGAUCGGAAGCCCAUCGCGCUUUCAGUGUCUCAGUUUCGUCCGGAGAAGAACCACUCGUUGCAACUUCGGUCCUUUCAGGUGCUGCUAACGAAGUAUGCGGAGCGAAUGAAGACCAAGUUCAGUGACUUCCGUUUGGUGUUGCUGGGGAGCUGUCGUAAUGCGGACGACGAGGCUCGUGUGGAGGCUCUGAAGAAACAGGCACAAGACUUGGGCAUUGCAGAGCGUGUAGAUUUCGUCGUGAAUGCGACUUUCGCUGAGCUGAAGCGAUACCUCGCCAAGAGCUCCAUUGGUGUGCACACCAUGUACAACGAGCAUUUUGGAAUCAGCAACGUGGAGAUGAUGGCUGCCGGUAUGCUGGUCGUCGCGAACAACUCUGGCGGCCCCAAGGCUGAUAUCGUGAAGCCUGGGACAGGAUGCCUGGCUCUAACGGCCGACGAGUACGCGGACAAGAUGCUGUCGCUGUUGGAGAAAACUCCAGCCGAAGCGAUUGAGAUGCGAUCCGCUGCACGCAAGUCUUCAUUGCGAUUUUCAGAUGGAGAGUUUGGCGAGCAGUUUUUAGCAGCGAUAGAUGGGGCUCUGCAGUCUGUAGAUGGUGACACAGAUCGCAUCAAGUCAGCAUAG